AACAGCUGUCGUCGUGGAUGAAAAGUUGAAGUGGGAAAACAAGGGGAUUUCCAGUCCUCCUUUACUGUGCAAGACGUGGACAUAAGGAGCUACUUUUCAAAGAAAAAUGGUUCAGGCCAGCAUGGGUGUACAGACAGGAGUCUUUCUCUUUUGGCUUCACGUUCUUUGUGCAGGUGCGUUUGCUGAUGUUUGGAAGGUGAAUGUAGAGGAUAACAUGGAUGCUCUGGUCUCAUCUUGUGUCGUGUUGCCCUGUAAUUUCACAUACCCUGCUCAGCAGCAGCCCUCUGAUCGUAUUAGAGCCAUAUGGCACAAGAAUAAAAACUGGGAUGACAUCAUCUUUCACAGAGACAGUACACUGAUUGAAGACAAUUUCAAAGGUCGUACAAAACUGAUUGGCUCACUUGGUAGUUUCAGCUGCUCCUUGGAGAUUGAUGAAGUGAAAAACACUGAUAAUGGCCCGUAUUGCUUCAGGGUGGAAUUAGAAACAGCUCCAAAAGACAAGUACUCUUUUAUGGAUAACUGUGUGUCAAUUAGAAUGAUUGAGGAAGCCCCAAAACCUGUGCUGGAGGCUGAGACGUCUGUGCUUGAGGGUGAACCUGCAGUCUUCAAAUGCUCUGUCAGAUACACCUGUCCAACAUACCCACCCUCUCUCACCUGGAGCCGCUCAGGAAAAAUCAUCUCGAGCUACAAGGACUUGGGUCAUGGAAACUGGGAAGCAGAGUCUCUCCUGACAUUCACCCCAACAAAGGAGGACAAUCACACCUCUAUUGAAUGCACAGUCACUUACCAUGGGAAUGUCAAGGGUGAAAUGAAAGCCAGCCGCCCUGUCUUUGUGACAGCUAAGAGUUAUGAUGAUGAUUACACCAACACAGCAGAUUUAAACGUGGAAAUAUCUGAAGAGAAUGCAACUUGCCAAACGAAGACUGUAGACUUCACAUCUGGUUAAGAUAGAGCAUGCAUUCCUGUUACAUAUUGUGAUUCAUUU